UUGAACAUGUGUGGUAUUUUUGCAUACUUGAACUAUCUGGUUGAAAAAGACCGUCGCUAUAUUGUCGAUACUUUAUUGACUGGUCUGUCACGCUUGGAAUACAGAGGCUACGACAGUGCUGGUAUUGCUAUCGAUGGAGAUCAGGAAGGCACGGCUUUGAUCUACAAAGAGGUUGGCAAAGUCGCCGCGCUCCGCAAAAAGAUUGUUGAAGACAAGACUAUUGAUUUUAGUAAAACCUUUGUCAGUCACACCAGUAUGGCUCAUACUCGCUGGGCCACCCACGGACAACCCUCUGAACGCAACUCGCAUCCUCAUCGAUCUGAUCCUAAAAACGAGUUUCUUGUUGUUCAUAAUGGUAUCAUUACCAACUACAAAGAGUUGAGAACUGUUCUUGAAAAGAAGGGCUAUGUGUUCGAGUCGGACACAGAUACCGAGUGUAUUGCAAAACUUGCCAAAUACCUGUUCGACUCGCAAAAAGGUGCCAAACUUUCCAUGACUUCGCUUAUCAAAGCAGUUGUCAAGGAACUCGAGGGUGCUUUUGCCAUCAUCAUCAAGAGCACUCAUUUCCCUCACGAAAUCAUUGCUGCUCGUCGUGGUUCUCCCUUGCUUAUUGGUGUAAAAACCGAAAAGAAACUCAAAGUAGACUUUGUCGAUGUUGAAUUUGGAGGUGCCGACGGUACUGAGAAAAUCCCAGAAGAUGAUGGCAGCAUGCUAAUUCCAGCAAAUGCCCAACAUGGUGCAAUUCGACGCAGUCAGUCCCGUGCCUUUUUAAGCGAGGAUGGCAUGCCUCAGCCCAUCGAGUACUUUAUGGCUUCAGAUCCCUCAGCUGUUGUAGAACACACUAAGCGUGUUUUGUAUCUCGAGGACAAUGAUAUUGCCCACAUCAACGAAGGCGAACUGCAUAUCCAUCGUCUUCGUCGUGAGGAUGGUAUUUCAUCAAUUCGUUCGAUCCAAACUCUUGAAAUGGAGAUUGCUGAGAUCAUGAAGGGAUCUUUUGAUCAUUUUAUGCAAAAGGAAAUUUACGAGCAGCCCGAGUCAGUUGUGAACACUAUGCGUGGUCGUAUCAACUUUGAUGAUGGAACGGUUAACCUUGGAGGUCUCAAAGCGUUUUUACCCACCAUUCGUCGCUGUCGUCGUAUUGUGUUUAAUGCAUGUGGCACCAGUUUCCAUAGCUGUCUUGCAACACGCGCAACAUUUGAAGAGCUCACUGAGAUUCCUGUCAGCGUGGAGCUUGCAUCGGAUUUCCUUGACAGAGGCACUCCAAUCUUUCGUGAUGAUGUGUGCAUCUUUGUGUCCCAAUCGGGUGAAACUGCAGACACUAUGCUUGCGCUUCGCUACUGUCUUGAGCGUGGUGCUCUAUGUGUCGGCAUCACUAAUACUGUUGGCUCUUCCAUUUCUCGUGAAACACACUGUGGUGUGCAUAUCAACGCUGGUCCUGAAAUUGGUGUAGCUAGUACCAAGGCAUACACUAGUCAGUAUAUUGCCUUGAUUAUGAUGGCUCUUGAGCUUUCGGCUGAUCGUAUUUCUCUCGCCAAUCGUCGCAAAAAUAUCAUCGAUGAUCUUUAUCAGCUUCCCAAAUACAUCAAGGAAACUCUCGCUCUUGAUGGCGAGCUGCGUACUCUUGCCAAAUCUACUCUUCUUAAGGAGAAAUCUCUUUUGAUUAUGGGUCGUGGCUACCAAUAUGCUACUUGUCUGGAGGGUGCUCUCAAAAUUAAAGAGGUUUCAUACAUGCACAGCGAGGGUAUUCUUGCUGGUGAACUCAAGCACGGUCCCUUGGCACUUAUUGAUGAGAACAUGCCUGUCAUUCUUGUAAUGACCAACGACUCUCUCUACCCCAAGGUUCAGAGUGCUUUACAGCAAGUCACUGCGCGCAAAGGACAGCCAAUUAUCAUUUGCAACAAGAACGAUGCUAAUAUUUCUGAGCAAUUCCAAACCAUUCGCGUUCCCCAGCUGGUAGAUUGUCUGCAGGGCAUCAUCAACAUCAUUCCCUUGCAGCUUCUGUCAUACCACCUUGCUGUUAUGAACGGCGUUGAUGUUGAUUUCCCCCGCAAUCUUGCCAAGUCGGUGACAGUUGAGUAAGCAAGUGGGCCAAGCUUUUUUAAUAUGGUGUCAAAGUGAUUCUUUGACAGCAUGGUUACCCUUUAUUCCAUUGCUACUCAUCAAACGAGUCUACUUUUCUCAUUGCUGCGUGCGAGUCUUAUACUUUCUGGUUUUAACAAGUAAUAACGGCAAAGUUUUUAGCCAUGUCUAAUUUGAUGAAGUCGUUGACUUAAUGAAAACCCAUUAUAAAAAUUC